AUGCCGCGGCACAGCAAGUGUUGGGAUGAACCUUCGGAGCCAAUGGACGAAAGCUCCUGUAACGCGUUGCAGGACGCGGAAGACAGCGUAGUCCGCUUGGUGGAAGACCGCAAGUUGGUGCGGCAAGCGACGUCUCGACAGUCUCAGGCUACUACUACGUUGGCGGAAAUGGUCUUGUCCUUGUCGUCGGCGUUGCAUCACGUGUGUCCGGACUCUCACGGAAGCGCGCGGGUUGCCCAGGUUGCUCAAGGCGUCGAAAGUCUCAAGCUCCGACAAACCAAAGCCACACGCAAGACGGAACAACUCGUACAGAAACUUCAAAGUACAAUCAAUGCCCAACAGAACGAACUCGAAAUCCUACGCGCUCGGCAGCAGCAACAACAACAACAGAAGCAUACGUACCAAAGGAACGUCCAGGUACAAGUGUCCCGUUGGCCCCCCGCACACGGUCCGCAAGACGAAAAGACCGGACGAAUGCCGGAUGUCGAAACCUCUACCCAACGGACCGAGACGACACACACGACGUCGUUUGAUUCACCGUCGGCGGACUCGCAUUCGACGACGGAGGCCUCUCCCGUUCGCACAGAAACUUGCCCCACUACAGAUCCGGAAUCCGAAUCGAGUCCUCUCCUUCCCACAUCACCCGCUCGAUCCCACAACGACUCCGCCCUGCCAGUGUCAAUGCCAGCACCAGUGCCAACGGUCCCGACACCAACGGCAUCACCCGUGUCGCUUACCGAAGACCCGAACGAUGCCAACAUCCUUCCCGCCCUUCUGGAUAUGCAUACACUCCUUGACCAGCCACCCGAUUCGGACGACAUGAGUGCCUUGACCUUGCACACCACCCGCCGUCCCAGUUCCUCUCCCCACGACCCGUCACCCUCGAAGCCUCGGCGCAACAAGGUGCGCCCUACCAAAGCCACUGAAGGGACGACUCCCCAAGAUAACCAUCCCACGAAGACUACCUCCACCUCUCGACGCCGUACCAAAAUUCCUGUCGAAAUUACUCUUUUACCUCAGGAACGACUGGAGGUCUAA